UGUGUAAUGCUUUACAGUAAUAACAAAAGCAAAUCCACUCGCAAUAAUUUUGUUCAAAGUCAGCUAAAUUUCAGUGUGCAAAAUGCUGUCCGAAUUCCCUCUCAACAACAACUUGGAUCCUGCCGAUGUGGGUCGUGGCUUUAGCUUUGUCAACAGCAAACGCAAUGGCGAUCUGUUGCUGAAGGGCUACAAGCCACCGCAGGCUGUGCGCACUGGCACCUCGAUUGUGGGCAUCAUCUACAAGGAUGGCGUCAUACUGGGCGCCGACACACGCGCCACCGAGGGACCCAUUGUGUCCGACAAGAACUGCUCGAAGAUCCAUCGACUGCAGCAGCACAUCUACUGCUGUGGCGCUGGCACCGCUGCCGAUACGGAACAGAUGACACUCCUGACCUCAGCGGAGAUGGAUCUGCAUGAACUGAAUAUGGGACGCCAGGUGCCCGUGAUCUGUGCCAGCAUGAUGUUGCGCCAGACGCUGUUUCGCUAUCAGGGUCACAUCAGUGCCGCCCUCGUCUUGGGCGGAGUGGACAAGUAUGGGCCGCAUAUCAAUUGCAUCUAUCCGUGUGGCUCGAUUGAUAAAAUUCCCUAUGCGGCCAUGGGAUCGGGCACUCUGGCUGCCAUGGCAGUGCUGGAGAAUGGUUGGAAUGCCAGUAUUGAUCUGGAGGAGGGCAAACAAUUGGUGCGCAAAGCCAUCUCGGCUGGUGUCUUCAAUGAUCUCGGCUCCGGUUCAAACAUUGAUCUGUGUGUGAUCACCGCCAAAGGCGCCAUUCCAUUGCGCACCGAGACGAUUGCCAGCGAGCGGGGCGAGCUGUUGGGUCAGUACUCGUUUCUGCCCAACACGACGCUGGUGAAGAGCGUCUCGAUACAGGACAUUGAGAUCACCGAGGAGCGUAUCUAUCGCCCAUCGCGUUCCACUUCGUUUGUGGAGACGCAUUCCGAGUCAAAGUCGCUGCCAGAGACUUCGAGUGGCAGCCAGCAGCGACAAUCUGCAGAUAAAAAGUAAUUCAUGUAGCUUUUGUUGAGUCCAAAGUACGAAAAUUCACUUAGCAAUAUUUAAUAAA